AUGAUCCCUCUGUUUUUGCAAACAAACACUUCAAUACGUAUCAGCAAAAAUGUUAACCCGUGGUCGAUGACGCCAUGGGCACCGUGUUUGGCUAUAUGUAUUAUUCUGGUGAUUCUAUUUGUAAUCGUUGUGGUUAUCGUUGGAUCACUUAUACCUGUGUAUCUCUCUUCGAAAGGCACUGAUAUCAACGUGGCAAGCACGAAUAGCGCUGUGCGACUUUUCACUAUGAACUCAGCUAUCAAUCUGGCUCUUACAGGCUCGCAGACAAUCGCAAAUCAGGAUGGAAUAGGUGCACAGGUCAACAAAGCCCUUGGCUAUUCAACUCCAGUAGUUGCUGUUCGAACUACAAGCUUAACCAAUGGCGGAAAACGGAAGCGACAAACUAGGGUCGGCUUAUCUUGCGGAGGAAGCAGCGUUUUAUCUUUAGGACUGCUCAUCAUCAGAUGUCCCGACAGUUCCUGCAUCACUGAUAGUUGCUUCGAGAAAUGUGCUGCGGAUAUCAAGCGUCGAAUAGAACUGAAGCUCGCAUCAGUCGUAACUCCUAUCACGAUUACUACAAAUGAUGGCAGCGAGCUUUUGGCUUCGAUUAUAUUUUGCUCUUUUAGCAGUUAUAAUUCAGAUUCAACAUCAACUGUGGCUACUACAAAAGUGGCAACAACAAUAGCAAGUACAACACCUCUACCAGCUUGCAGUGCUAGUGUUUGUUGCGUUACCAGUUGUACUCUUUGUCUUGACAGUAGCACUGUCCGUUACUGCGGAGCUACUCGGAAUAAUGAUGGUGGUAGUGGUCUUGGCGGUGGUAGCGGAUCUGGCGAUGGCCGCGGUUCGUAUGCUUACUAUAGUGAUAAGACCUGCAUUAGUUCUGGUUCUGGUGGUGGUUCUUGUGUUAUAUAA